AUGGAGGGAAGAGGGGGAGAAGACCCCUAUAUGCCUCCCCUAAGAAGGCGCCCGGGAACGCGACGGGACUACCAGCCGCUCUACGCGUCGGACGCAUCGCGUGGUCCGCGGUCCAGGCCGAACACGGCAAGAUGUCAUAGUCAACGUCCGGCUCCCCCGUCUGUACGCUGGCGCUCUCCGGACCACCUUAAUACCAGCUACAGAGAAACUGACACAUCGUCAAUAAUGCGUGCCACACCGAGAACUGGUCGGACACACGUUGCGGAGGAGCGGACGUCUAGGCACCAACAAAGGCGGUGCCAAUCAGCAACACCUCCCGUGACGAGAUCGGUGCUCUCCUGGGAUCUGCAGGUACUUGACGGCGUUGAGUUAGGUUUCUCGGACCCAGGGUCAUUGAGACUAUUGGAGCUGCAGGUGCCUUGUUCCACAAGCGCAAAUUUAUUCGGCACCCACGAGCGGAGUAAGACGUUCAUUCCUGGCGAUCCAGUUGGGUUGAAGUUGCGUCGCGACGCCAUGAGCAUCCACCCUUCGCGCCCUCGGGACCUUUGUUUCCUAUCACCGGCUGCUGCGAAACGAAACAACAUACCGCUUUCCCUCGGGAACAUCGGCGAUGGAACGAUCGCCACGAUACCGUACUACCGUGUGAGUCGUAUAUCACGUUGCAGGUUCGCCUCCACUGACCGGCGAAUCGUAGUACGUUUGACAGGUACCACUGGCCUUGUCCUUACCCUUGCUUUCACUGAUAAAGCACUCUACACCACUGCCAUGAAAGUUAUCACUGGCUAUUGCAGCAAUUGUGACCGGAGGCCCGACGGGGUCAGAUGUUCCUCUCCUGCUCGAAAUAUGUCACACCCGGAGGGUGAAGGAAGGUACGUUUGUUUCGCUGAGCCGGAGGUGCGGACAUUGCGUUCAAGCCGCGCCAACGGCUAUACAUAUUAG